CAAGAAAAAAGAAAAAAGAAAAAAGAGAAAAAAAUAUCACAGCAGGCCUCAUGUGAGCGCCACCGGCGACUCCCUUUCCUCUCCCUUCGUCCGCCCUGAAGCCCUAACGCGGGAGAGGGACGGAAACCAUAGUAAAGUAGUGAAGGACUUCGAUGUCUUCCCGGCUUCAGAGAUCGAGCAUUUCACCGUUCCGAUCACGGAAGACAGCAUCGGCCCUCGGCUCAAAGCCUGGAAACCGUCCGACGACCCCGUCCACCGGCAGCGUGAGACCCACAACACCGUCGAAUCCUUCUACUAGCCGGCCGACGACGCCGUCGUCGUUAGCAACCUUGGCUGCGCCGGUGCGUGGCCCGAUCACCUCCAGGAUCUUGCCCGUUUCCGGUGCCACUUCUUCAUCCUCGUAUCCGGCUACCGAACGGCCCGAAUUUCAGAAAUCUAAGGAGAAUGUCACGGUUACUGUACGAUUCCGGCCACUCAGCCCGCGGGAGAUCAGCAAAGGGGAUGAGAUAGCAUGGUAUGCUGAUGGCGACUCCAAUGUUCGUAACGAGUAUAAUCCAAGCAUCGCGUAUGGCUUUGAUAGAGUGUUUGGGCCAGCAACAACCACACGCCAUGUUUAUGAUGUGGCUGCACAGCAUAUUGUGAGUGGUGCUAUGGAAGGAAUUAAUGGCACCGUUUUCGCUUAUGGUGUUACCAGUAGUGGAAAGACUCAUACCAUGCAUGGAGAGCAAAAGUCUCCUGGAAUCAUACCAUUAGCUGUGAAGGAUGUAUUCAGCAUCAUUCAAGAGACGCCCGGCAAGGAAUUUCUUCUUCGUGUUUCAUAUCUUGAGAUCUAUAAUGAGGUGAGGCACUUUUUCCAAUGACAGUCUCUGAGCUGUAAAUAGAUCUUCCUCCUAAGUCCAAUUUGUUUACUCAAAAUA